GAAGCAGGCGCAGACUUGAGCGACGGGACAGGGUAUCACUCGGCAUGAUCCGAAGUCCCAAGUCGGGAUCUGCUCGGGUGAGGCUUAGGCAUCAGUGCCUCUCUGCCAGUUGCCUACAUGGCAACCGCAUUUCAGAACCGCUUGAGGCGUUUCUCAUUUUCGACCAUCACAUCUUCUACUCUCCGUUUCGCCAAGGCGCCCGUGACAGCGAAGACGCAAUGGCGCCGUACCAGUACAAGCCGCUGAAUCUCCCCCACGAGACUCGCAUCCUGACCAGCCUCCCCGGCCAGUUUGACGACCCACUCACCUGUAGUCUGGCGCCCAUGCCGUUCUCCCUGCCGCCGGCGUCCUACACAAGACGCUCAGUUACUGCUGGGGCCCGCGGUUUCGUCGGCUACAAGGAGGGGGAAGGGCUGAGCGAAUCGGCCGAGAUGCCGUUUCGAGAUCUGCUCGACCAUCCAUACUACGGUACUCACUACAUUGCACAAGGCGGGAUGCUGCCGGCGGGUAUCGUCAACAUUUGACAGCGCCGAGUUGGGGUCGGCGGUGAGCUGCACCGCGCCAUGAGACGGAUCCGAGACGAGGAAGAGCCGCUGAGGAUCUGGAUUGACGCCGUAUGCAUUGACCAGCAGAACGUGGACGAGAAGAACGAGCAUGUUAGGAUUAUGGACCGGAUCUACUCGCAUGCGGAUGAGGUCUACAUGUGGCUGGGCGAGUGGGUUGGUAACGAGCACGACGCCAUCGAUGCGCUGGACGAGGCGCAGAACGUCCUGGUGGAUGUGCUUACGAGAGAGGACCUAAGGGGUGUUACAAAGAUGCAGAUCCAGGCUGAGAUAGUCAAGCACGAGAGGACUAAGAAUAUCAGCUGGGAGGCCCUCGCACCGCUUGUUGGUCAACCAUGGGUAAGCACCCUGCAAGAGAGCGUCGCCUCGGGGGGCAUCCCGCUCUUUCUUGCUCCUGGACAUGCUCGAGGAGACGCG